AUGGCCUUUUCGUUUGGUUCAGGCUCGUCCCAAGCUGCUGGUGGAAAAGUGACCACUGGAGCAGAGCUUCAGGAAAUCGAAACUCAGCAAAUCGGGUUUCUAUCUAUUGGGCACAAUGCAAAAGUUAAACUGCUUCCUACCCCCUGGCCAGAAGACUCAUUACCCGCGCCUACCGCUUCAUUAUUGAGCGUCACGUCGGUAAAAGGGCUGCUUGCGGCUGCAGGUCCGGAAGGAAUAGCGAUUGCGCGCACUGAUUCUGUGAGGAAGGCGUAUGCGAGUGAGCCUGUGGAUGGUAGUGAUGUCAGGACUUUUCAACCAGAGCUUCAGAUACCACUUCCAAAGAGGGUUUCUCAUCUCGCAUUUUCUGCAGAUGGCAGCGCCUUAGUGGUGGCAGUUGAUGGCGGCGAUGCAUUGGCUAUAUAUGAUGUCUCGGGACUACUACAGGGAAGGACCCAGCCAACAGCUACUCUCAAUAUAAACGGUGCAACACUGCGAGCUCUGGCCGCCAACCCGAAUCCGGAUACGUCUGAGUUAUUUGCAGCUGUUACAACCAACGGCGAACUGUUGAUCGCCAAUUUGAAAACGAAUCAACUCGUUUCAGGUUCGGCAGGACCUGUGUUGAAAUCCGGCGUCAGCUCUGUCUGCUGGAGUAAUAAAGGUACUCAGCUGGUAGCUGGUUUGGGAGAUGGGAGUGCAUAUCAGGUAAAACCAGAUGGGGAAAAGCAGGCGGAUAUACCCAGAGCUCCGGAGAUUGGGAGUGAUCAUCAUGCCACAAGAAAGCCUCCGGACCAGUAUGAGUUCAGAAAGUUGCCUGAAGUUAGUGCUCCGUUCGGAUUGGCAAGGCACCCUGCAUACCAGUUCACAGCCCGUAUGAGAGAUUUUGAGCCACACCUGAAGGAAGCCCUAAUCAUUGCAUCUACUGCUUCAACUGAUAUUGGAUUGAUCACACAAUCCACUGCAGAUGGCACACCCACAUUCGCAGCUCUUACUAUGGCUGAUGAUUCCCGGAGAGCAGUGCUUCCUAUGACGGAAGAUAUGAACGAUACAUCCCCCAUUGGAAUGUGCCUGGACCUUUCGAGCAGAGAUAGUGUCAUAUCCCCCGUCCCUGGAGAUGAGGAAAUUAAAGAAUCUUCGUCCCCGCUUCCUGCACUUUUGGUGCUUACAAAUGAUGGAAUGCUGUCCUCUUGGUGGUUUGUACAUACCGAGUCUAUUAAACAGCAAAAACCAUACAGUGGCCUAGUCGCAGUGAACUCCAAAGGACAGCAAAGCCAACCCCAGAUUACCUCUACCCAGCCAGCGGUGACGACAACUACCCCAGCUAAAUCUCCAUUUGGACAAGCCGGCUUUGGCCAGUCCACGUUCGGUAAGCCAGCCACACCAAGCUUCGGCAUGAGCUCAGCUCUAGGCAUGCAAAGCAAGCCUGCGUUUGGUUCGCCUUCUCCUUUAGGGUCAUUUUCUCAAACUCCAGGUGGUUCUAGUACCACACCUGGGUUUGGCUCAAGUACACCACAAACAAGUGGAGGGAUCUCAUUUGGUAGCCCAGGCAAUCUCGGAAGUAAUAGCCCUGCUUUCGGCCAAACAGGGGCAUUGGGGGCUGGGAGAUCACUCUUUGGACAACCUUCUAUAGGAAGUGGUGGCCUAACAACUGGAUCUGGUUUUGCUAACAUUGGUGCUGGGGGAGGAUUCGGCUCAUUUGCCUCUUCUGGUGGCGGCUUUGCCAGUGCUGCCCAAACAGCUGCCCCUAGUGCUAGUCCUUUUGGGAAGCCCUCUUCCAAAGAAAGUCCAUUUGGACAGCCGGCCUCUACAGAGAGUCCUUUUGCAAAAACUUCUUCCAAUGACAACCCCUUUGCAAAGGCUGGCCAGCCGUUGUUUGGAGAGCCCAAUGCACCAACUAUGACAACUUCUCCUUUCGGACAGCAAGUUAAAAAUGAAAAAUCAUCCACUAGUUUCGGUCUUGGGACUGGUGGUUUCACGGUGGGAUCUACAAUGAAACCGGAUACCUCAGCUGCAAUGGAUGAGGACAAACCAGAACAAUCUAGCGGGUCUUUGUCCAUGGGCGCUGCUUUCGGUGAUAUGCUUGGUGGCAUGAAGUCCAAUAUUCCCAAACUGGCUGCUCCAAAAUCAGCGGAGCUUUCUAUCAGCUCGACCCCUACAAGCGCGCCACCAGCCUCCAUAUUCUCGUCCCAUAAACAAACCCAAUCUCAAGAUCAGAAGGCACCAUCGUUUUCGAAUCUAUUCAACGCACCACCACAGCAGGAAAAACCUUUACCGACCGCCAAAACCACUACUCCUACCGGCUCCUUCAGCAUGAUCCCUGUGGUGAAAAAAGCACCGUCUACUCCAGGUGAACCCAUUCACUCGCCAGCAACUAUUAGGGCGGAGACACCGAAGGAGACCCCCAGGGCGACUCCUCCGACGCCGUUAGCAAAAGCUGUUGAAGCACCACUCCCACCAGAAUCCACAAGCAAGCUUAGCUAUGCCCCUGGGGACACAUCUGCAUCUUCAUCCGGAGUUUCGCGUACAUCAAUUGAAGAUGCCCCCCUUCCACCUGACUUUGUGAAGCCCAAAAAAGAAGAGGCCCCCAAAGAAGCUACGGACGUAUCGCUUCCGGCGGAAUCUGAGGAAGGUGAUGCCGAUUUCGAAGAUAGCGGGGAGGAUGUUGGACAUGAUCUAAGCCCUACAGAUGAGGCGGCAGAUCACCGUGUACAAAGUCUAAAGACCUCACCAGAGAGCUCGUUUGGUGGAGCCCCCGACAAGAGCCCUAUGAGUGACUUGUUUACCAAAGGUGGCACUUCGGAACUGAAGACUGGAGGAGGAAAAACGUUAUUCGGGGAGAUAUCAAAACCCAUAUUCCCGCCUCCUACCUUCCCAGAGCCUCGGCACCGCCUGAGUCCCCGGUCACCAAGUCCCGUUCGUAGUAGAUCCGGACAAAUGCUAGCCAGGGCAGACGGCUUCAGAUCAACCAGCGCACCUAGCGCCCCCGAUCGAGCGAUCACUCGGCGAAAAGCUACACUUGAAGGGUCCAUGCUGGCGAGGCAAGUGUCGCCCUCUAGAGACCUAGCCGAGGAUCAAGCUAAGGCUAAACGUGAAGCCGAAAAGUUAGCUGCUGAAACACAACCACUGUGUGAAGAUGACGAAGACGAGCAGCUGCGCGCUGACCUGGCCCGACCUAUCUCCCCGUCACCUUCUCUAGACCCCUUUUUGCCCCAUCAGGGUUAUACCGGUGAGAGCAUGAAACCAGGGAUACCGGGGCAAAUAGAGCUGCUAUUCCGGGAUAUCAAUACGAUGAUAGAUACGUUGGGAAUCAACUCCAGGUCUUUAUCUUCAUUCCUACUUUACGAAGAGUCUGCCAAAGAAAAUGACUACAAGAGAUGGCUCAGAACCCUACGGAGUGAUAAAUGCUCUGAUUUACUCAACGAAAGACAGUUAUUGUCAGAAGUGGACAAGCUGCGCGUCGGUGUUGAUGCCCUUGACGAAGCACUCCAAAAAGGGAGGAUUGAAGGAGUGCAGGAAAUGUUUGAUCAAUGCCAGCAACUAAUCAGCAAAGAUCUAGUGACUCUACGUGGCCAGUUUGCCAAUCUUCAAAGGACCCUUGAUGCCCAUACUGAUUCGAUUGCCAUUGCCUCUGCUCCACUAACUCCGGAGCAAGCUGCACUUCAACAGGAUCUCCGGAAAGCAGCAACAGACACACGGUCCAAGGUAGCCGACUUGGAGCGAGACAUUACGGUAUUCCGAGCCAAAAUCGCUGAUGCGUCCAGAUUAGCUGGUGUGGAUGGAGACCGAAAGAUGGCGCGACCGACCGUUGAAGCGGUGACAUCCACGAUAUCCACGAUGACAAACAUGGCAGAACGAAAGAGUGGUGACGUUGACGUCCUAGAAGCCCAGCUUCGACGAAUGGGGAUUGACGUCUCCGCCUCUCCAGCGCCUGGGAGAAGCAGGGAAGCUUCUCCUUUCCUCACACCUGCAAAGAAAACGCCAGCCGGCCGAUUUCCUGUUACCCCUGGUUCUCAAGGUUCUCAGGAUGGUUAUGGUCGCAGUGUGUAUCAGACCCCUGAAUCUGCUGCAGCACAGCGCUUCCGGUCAAGCUUGUUGGGUCGUAGUAGCAGCGUCCAGGGCACUAAUACCCCCGACAUGGUCGUUUCGGAAGACUUAGAAAGCUGGCGGACUAAGACAGCUAGGCGGAAGGAAGUCGUUGGACACUUGCGAUCUUCGUUAAGUAAACGCAAGGUGAAGAUACGCACGCUUGAUAGUUAA